AUGGACAAACUGUGUUACAGUAUAAAUGGAUACCCAGGUUAUUAUGGCACGGUCGGUUCCGGCCGGUUAGGUUCCAGUCAUUUCCCGACCGUUUCCUGCAAACUUCGAGCUGGAAACGGUCAGGAACUGAUCGGAUAUUUCCUGUGCAAUUCCGGCCGGAAUCCAGCGGCAAGGAACCUGCCGGAACUUGCUGGAAUCGGCGAAAACUGUGCCGGAAUCGAGAAGAGCUGUACCGGAACCGACUCAGGUUUCAACGGAUCCAGUCGUCGGAAUGAUCGACCUGGGAUAUCAUUAUGUACAAUGCCUUAG